AUGCAUAUCCUUACUCCCCUCACAUCCUCCUUCAUCCUCUCUCUCCUCCACAUCACCACGCACAUUGCCUCCACCACCGCCGGCCCCUUAAAAGCGCACUCCUGCCUGAAAAUAUGCUCCACCGCAAAAGAAUCAUGCUACACCCACGCUGACGACAACACCAACACCAACAGGGACAACCCCCCCUCCCUCGAACUCUGCGAUACAAUCCACCGCGAUUGCCGAAGUAGUUGCGUUCGACUCUUUCCCCCUCCACCACAGCACGAAACCGGGCACGAAGAUCCCAAUGAAGAUGAAGGAGAUAUCUGGAAGUUGCUGCUGUCGGAUCCCUGGUCAUCGAUACCACUACCUCUGGAGGAGGAGGAGGAGGAGGAGAUGCAGAUAUACGUGGGCGAGAUGGAGGAUGUUCAGGGUGGGUAUGACGAUAAAACUCCGGAGGGGGGAUAUUCUGGUAGGGAUACGUUCCGGGGGGUGAUCGUGAUGCUUACGGCUGGAGGGUUUGUGUUUUGGGUGAUUUGGGGCGCGGUGGGGUUGAUGUUGUUUGAUGAGGAGGUCGAUGGUGGAGGUGUGUUUGAGUGUGUGGUUUAG